CGUAACCACACAAAGGCUUAAUUCAAUUUGUCAAAGUAUCGCCCGACCCGUAACCACACAAAGGCUUAAUUCGAUUUGUCAGAGUUGAAAAAUGUAUCCGUUUGUUGUGUUUCAGGGAUUAGUGAAGACUUAAGAAGCGUUUAAACUUCCACAGCUAGCUUCUUUCUUCUCUUUGAAGCUGCUCGCCUCUACAGUGUGUGAAGCGGCUUAAAGAAAUACGGUGUGAAAGAAAAAAGAAAGAAAAAAAAGAGAAAAGGAUGGGGUUGUUGAUUCCAGGUACCAGGCCGCAUCUGCACAAGUCUGGGAAGGGCGUAUCUUCAAGAUGUGUCUUCUUGCUUUGCAUUUCCAGCUUUUUCUUCGGCGUUCUUCUUGUUAACAGGUUUUUGUCGGUGCGUGAUUCUGUCGUAACAUUAAAAGAGGGGUUUCCUCCAAAAGAACUCAAUUCUGGAGAUUCUCUUCCUUCUGUAAAGUGCAGACGUAAUAAGGAAAGAGAUAUCUUAUCCCGGGUUUCACAAACACACAAUGUGAUCAUGGAAUUGGAUAAAACAAUAUCUUCACUAGAAAUGGAGCUUGCUGCAGCCAGAGCUGCCAAAGCAGACAACGGGGAAGAAAAACGAGGGAGUGAACCCUCUUAUGAUCGCCCAAAAUUAUUUUUUGUGAUGGGAAUCAUUACUGGUUUCAGCAGCAGAAAGCGGAGGGAUUCAGUUAGAGAAACUUGGAUGCCUAAUGGGGAGAAUCUGAAGAAGUUGGAAAAAGAAAAAGGUAUUAUAAUACGUUUUGUGAUAGGCCAGAGUGCUUCCCCUGGCGGCGUAUUGGAUCGUGCCAUCGAUGCUGAAGAAGCAGAACAUAAAGAUUUCUUGAGACUGAAUCAUGUAGAGGGAUAUCACGAAUUAUCCACAAAAACCCAAAUCUACUUCUCAACCGCUGCUGCAAAGUGGGAUGCUGACUUCUAUGUCAAAGUUGAUGAUGACGUGCAUGUGAAUCUCGGUAUAGUAGGUUCAAUAUUAGCUCGUCAUCGUUCUAAACCUCGCAUUUAUGUUGGUUGCAUGAAGUCUGGUCCGGUUCUCGCACAAAAAGGUGUUAAGUAUCACGAACCGGAAUACUGGAAAUUUGGGGAGGAAGGUAACAAGUACUUUAGGCACGCGACUGGACAAAUAUAUGCAAUUUCCAAGGAUUUGGCUACUUAUAUAUCAAUUAACAGAGGCAUACUUCAUAGAUUUGCAAAUGAAGAUGUUUCACUUGGGUCUUGGUUUAUUGGGCUUGAUGUAGAGCAUAUAGAUGACCGAAGCCUAUGUUGUGGGACACCCCCUGAUUGCGAGUGGAAGUCCCAGGCAGGGAAUCUGUGCGGGGCAUCGUUCGAUUGGAGCUGCAGCGGAGUGUGUAAAUCGGUGGAAAGAAUGGAAGAGGUGCACCAGAGAUGCGGAGAGGGUGAUGGAGCAAUCUGGCAUACCAGCUUUUGAUCCAACCAAAAAAGUUUCUGACUUGUGCUCUUUGUUGUUGGAACCAAAGAAUGUUUAUGCUCGUUCGCAGCAAUCCGAAACCGGGUACUUCAUUUUUGUGCCAUUUUUUGUACUACUGCUACUACUAUAUAUAUGUUGCACAAUCAAACCUGGAGAGGAAUAUAGAAACCGGAACACCCGACCCAAUCCACUGGGUUUCUAAAAAGUAACAUCUUCUUGGGCCAGUUCGAGCACAGGACUAAUCUAAUGCGUAGAGAUCACCAAUAGAAUUGUGAUGGGAAU